CUCUCUCCUCUCUCUCUCUCUCGUAAUUGAGCCGGGAGUUGAAUCUCUCCAUCGCUCCAAGUCUCCCAGCCUAAUCUAAUCUUCUCGUCGAUGAAAUCAAAGCCCUAGUCUCUCUCCUCACUGGAGCCCUUUCUCCGUCAUCUCGUGGACUAUAUCCCGCUUGAAUCAUUGUUUCGUGGCCUCGAUUUCUCUGCCGCUUACCCGAUUCGAGCCAUGGAGGGUGGCGGAGGGCCUCACAGUUCUCGCACCGCGGAGGAGGUCUUCCGCGACUUCAGAGGCCGGAGAGCCGGCAUGAUCAAGGCGCUCACAACCGAUGUGGAGAAGUUCUACCAGCUGUGCGAUCCAGAAAAGGAGAACUUAUGUCUUUAUGGGCUUCCUAACGAGACUUGGGAAGUAACCUUGCCUGCUGAGGAAGUACCUCCAGAACUUCCUGAGCCAGCCUUGGGAAUUAACUUUGCCAGAGAUGGCAUGGAAGAAAAGGACUGGCUUGCCCUAGUUGCAGUCCACAGUGAUGCAUGGUUGCUUGCUGUUGCCUUCUAUUUUGGGGCACGCUUUGGAUUUGAUAAGGAAUCCAGGAGGAGGCUUUUCAAUAUGAUUAACAAUCUCCCCACCAUAUUUGAAGUUGUAACUGGAACUGCCAAGAAGCUGUCUAAGGAGAAGACCUCUAAUAGCAGCAGCAAGAACAAGCCCAACUCAAAGACGCAGUCAAGACCGGCUGAGUCCCAAACCCGGGCUUCAAAGAUGCAUUCUCCAAAAGAAGAUGAAGAUAGUGGUGCAGACGAGGAGGAGGAAGAAGAAGAGGAUCACGAGAACACUCUAUGUGGUGCAUGUGGAGACAAUUAUGCCAAUGAUGAGUUUUGGAUAUGCUGUGACAUGUGUGAAAGAUGGUUCCACGGGAAGUGUGUCAGGAUCACCCCUGCCCGAGCUGAGCACAUCAAACAGUACAAGUGCCCAAGUUGCAGCAAUAAGAGGGCAAGAGUAUGAAACAAGCUUUUGUUUUGGGUAAUUUGCUAAUUCUUCAAUGACGUUGGAAAACAAUUCCAAACAGCAGACAUGCAAAGCCUGAGUUGUUUAGGUUCUAGACUUUUGUUUCUCGUGUCCUUGUUCACUAUUUUGUUAGUCGUCUCUUUGAACGAGAGCUCGAGUGUGUGUGUGAGUGUGUUAGAGAAUCUUUAAUUUGCUUAAUAUAACUUGGUAGUUAAUGUUAGGGCCUCAGAUUUAGCGGUGUUGUAUUUUUAAAAUGAAAACUAAAUUAGGAUUAGUGUGGUGGACCAGAUGAGAACCUUUGUUCUAA